AUUUAUACUCUACUAGAUUCUUUUAACAGGUAAACGUUGUGAAAGCGUCCAAAACAUAAAUCAGUUGUGAAAUUAGCUAACCCGUUUUUUGAACAUUCCAGAAAUCGUAAGGAUUAUUUUCCCAGUUCCGUUGUGCAGAAAUGAUUUCACUUCAUUCGGUAUUCCAUCCGAAAGAUCGCAUGCAUUUCAUGCGACGACGUGUGAAUUAAAAGACCGGUUCAUUAUUAUCCAUUUUAUUAUUGCCGGUAGUGGCCAUUUAUUGUGCGGUGUGAAUUCCUUUGUCACCUUGCCAAACUACCAAAAAGGCGCACGUGAUGGUUUCCUACACAUCCACUUCCAAUCAAUCCCGUGCGGAAGAAGAAUGACAUACAAUUUUAACUGUUUUUCAAAAAAAAAAAAUAAUAUUAUUUAUUGUUCGUCAGCUUCGGAGGCUGACAAUACGGCCGAAGCCGUAAUCAUUAAUUAUAAAUAAAAUAAAAAUUUAUUGUUCGUAAGCAAAAUCAUCAAGGUGAGCAGGUCUGUGAUAAAUAAUCAAAAUUAUUGGUGAAUUAUAUCCCUCACGUAUGAUUAAUAUUUUACCUGCUUAAAACAUUCGAUACGUGUAUAUUACGAUUCGUGGCAAAAAUCUUGGCUAUUCCUAAUUUACUAGCACAGUAUGAUCACUGCCAACCUGUCACACUCUAUUCAGGGUUUCACAAAACAAGUUUUGAACGUAACGAUCCUCCAUUCGCGGAGCAUGUGUUUGGGGUCCUUUCGUUUAACGAAAGUGAAUUGUUUCAACGACUUUUAUGUGUAGUAAAAAAAGAUCUACCCGUCACCGCUUCAGGGACGAUUUCAACAUUGAGUGAAAAAACCUACAUAACCUUUUGGAGAAUGUAAUUUCUAGUGAUAUGAUCGUUGGUUAAGCAUCACAAACCGACGAAGGUUUUAUGUACCACUGCAACUAAUGAUAACCCAAUGCUUUCUUAACAAUCUUCGAUGCUCAAAUGUUAGACAUUUGCCGGUGUUUAUUCCCGCACGAAGCAGCGUUCGUUACGAUCGCGCGAUCGUUUGGAUACGUUGCGCAUCAUCCAAUCGGGACCACGUUUGUUACGCAAGCAAUACUCCCCACCGGAGUUGAACCUUGGCGCUUCUUCUGCAAUUAGGGUGGAAUUCUCACAAAAGUUUCAGGCGGUAGGUAGCAGCUAGUACAUCGCAGCCUGUUCAUCGGCUACAGUCAGAUCGCGGAACGUAAGAUUCAGUUGUUGUUCAGUGAGUGGACGUGUAAAUACUCGCGCUGGAAAGUACAAUGUGCCGUAUGGGAAGGAAAAAAUUAACCGUAUGGGUAUUAUUGCUCAUUGCUAUAUGUUUAAACAACGUCGGAAAUACGUUAGGUUGUAACUGUGUACCGGAAAACCUUUGCCCAGCGCCGGAAGUGGAUUUGCGACUUUUGGAUGUGGACGGCGUAUGUCCAGCGGGAAUGUUGUGUUGUGAUAUGCCGGUGAAUGAUAAUCCUACCCGUUUGACGGACGAUUUGGAUGUAGCAUCUUGCGAUGGAAAGUGUGUAGCUGAUCGAGCAGAAUGUGCCGAUGUAGAGUACGAUGAGUACGGUGUGGGUGUAAUCAACAUCCGAGCGAAUGAUGGCAAACGUUGUCCAGCCGGUCAGUAUUGUUGUACGACAAUCUUGGGAAAACCUGCAACAUGUGAUGGAACGUGUUUACCGCGAUCACUCUGCACAAUGUUCGAACCUGGAGCAGACUGUGCCGAAGGGAAUGUUUGCUGCCGCAUGGAUCGAACAUCGUGGGUGAAUAUGAUCAACGAUAUCAAUGGAAUGGAUGGACCGGAUUCCUACGACGAACGUCGGCGCCCGUGCGAGUGGGGUGGAUUGGGUGCAGAUGGUACACGUUUCCCGUCGUGGCUGGUUUCGGUCUGGACAAGGGUUGAAAUCAUACCCGGUCUUCAGACCGAUCAAUUCAUUUGUGCUGGCGUACUAGUGGACCAGUCGUUAGUACUUACGACUGCGAGUUACGUGCAAAAUCUGCCUACGGAGGAAAUGUUUGUUAAUGUUGGCGAUUACGAUAUUUCUAGCCGAUCCGGGCUACGAAUGGCAAACAUAUACACCCUCAAGGAAAAGAUCAUCCACGAAGACUACAAUACAUCCGAUCCAGUACAUAACGAUGUGGCACUUUUGCGUCUCACAGACACGGUACGCAACGGACAAUGUGUUGCCUCGCUUGCUGCCUCAGUUGAAAAGCAGACAGACAGUAGCUGCUACACAAUCGGUUGGAACCGUACAUUGCUUGAGCAGGGCUCCGGACAUCCCAAACGGUAUCCGGUACAGGUGACCAGCUUUCAGGACAAUUUAUUUUGCAAACCCGGAACGAUUUGUAUCGAUCAUGACAAACAACAAUGCAAUGAGGAUUCUCUAAAUGGAUCGGCUAUCGUGUGUAAAGGAGGGGAAUUGAAAGAUGAGUGGAAUCUAAGAGGAUUACUGGUAAGCAACUGUACUGGUGUGGACAUUGUCCGUGUUACUGCGUGGUUUAAUCAUCAGAGGGAUCCCGGAUUCGUGCAGCAACCUAAACCAGCAGAUCCAUCCCGACAGUAUUUGCCUGUGUUAUAACUGGUGUAGCAUCAUGCAGGAAAUACAUUUAUGUUCUGUUGGUUUUUGUUCUGUUAUAUUCCUUGCCACUUUGAAACAUGUGAAUGAAAUUUGAUUAAUAAAAUUUGGCUGCAUACAUGAGAAGAAUAAGAAUUGGUUUUGAGUAACAGUUCACUUUUAUUCGGUCCGAAGUUCACGAUGGAUGGCUUAACACUGUUGCCUCGCGUCCUGCUGAUUGUCUUUUUAACUGCCAUCAGGACGCCAGCACAGGGUGUUUACAAAAUAUAAUAUUUCCUUUUACAUAUUGUUUUUCUUUUAAUUCUUUACAUACAUAUAGUGCAAUGAUUUUUGGGCUAAAGUCUGAAACACGACCCCCCCCCCACUCACGGUCACUCAUCUGCUUGUCAAUUUUUCGUACAGGGUGGUUCGGAGACUAUGCAAUGUGGCCUGAAUUUGAUUUUUUUUACAAUUACUAUUAAAUUGUAAAGAGGUUUUCGCAUAGUGAAAAGUGAUUUAUUCAUCGAGGGACCAAGUUCCAUACGCUGUUUGUGAAACCGUAAAAUUUUCCUCAUUUUUGGCCCAACUUUGCCCCAUAGCUCCGCCGGUAUCCAAGAUAUCGCCACAAUUUCUUCUGGCCAUGGCUAGAUGGCACUUGUGGCUAGAUUUCGUCCAUGCACCACUAAUCGCUACCAUGUCUGUGGCCGGAGCUAUUCGCGAAAGCUCCAACGGAUCGCCAAUCUUUGACCUGUGGUCGAUAGAUGGCAUCAAUUGCUACAUUUUCUUCUUCGACGGCCAUGCCCUCAGGUGUCUGUGUCUCGAAACAUAAUUAAAAAACACGCAACCGAUUUCGAACCACCCUGCACGAAAAAAAGUCACUCAAAUGAGUGCCCGUGAGUGGGGGGGGGGUCGUGUUUCAGACUUUAGCCGAUUUUUGUUUUACCAUUAUAACCUUUCCACAACUGUUUGAAAAUUUGAGCAUAACUAUAAAAUAAUAUAAAAUUAUAUUAAUUUGACUUAUUCAGUACUUACUUACUUACUUACUUACUUACUUACUUACUUACUUACUUACUUACUUACUUACUUACUUACUUACUUACUUACUUACUUACUUACUUACUUACUUACUUACUUAC